GUCCUCACACGUGCACACACACACACACACGCAGCCGCCAUGCUGGAGGAGCUGAACGAACUGCUGGACGCCACCCCGCAGCGCCCGGACACGGGUAAAUUCACACUGCUGCGAGACAGCAGAACGGAUGGCAGCUUCCUGGUGCACCACUUCCUCUCCUUCUACCUCAGAGCUGGCUGCAAGGUUUGCUUCCUGGCCCUGGUCCAGUCCUUCAGUCACUAUAACAUCGUAGCACAGAAGCUGGGAGUCAGCCUGACAGCUGCCAAGGAGCGGGGACAGCUUGUCUUUUUGGAAGGCCUCAAGUCCUGCCUUGACCUCGUGUUUGGGGAGGAGGAGCCGUCAGGACAGCCCAGUCCUCUUCAGUUUAUAAGUGGGAGCGUUUCCAACCUCAAAGACCUGUUUGACUUCGUCCGGACGUCCCUGGCGCCCACUGACAGCGACUCCUGGAAGGGCCGGGUGCUGCUGGUGGAUGAUCUCAGCGUGCUGCUCAGCCUGGGUGCUGCGCCAGUGGACGUGCUGGACUUCAUCCACUACUGCAGAAUGGUGGUGUGCUCUCAGCUCAAGGGGAACAUUGUGGUGCUGGUUCAUGGCAGCGAGGAUUCAGAAGAUGAGGAGAACAAGCUGGUGGUGACCUCCCUGUGUCAUCACAGCAACCUGAUCCUGUGGGUGCAGGGGCUGGCAACUGGCUUCUGCAAGGAUGUUCAUGGGGAGAUUAAAAUAAUUAAGAGACUGUCCUUGGAGUCAACAGAGCAGGACGUCAUCCAGAUCUACCAGUACAAGAUCCAGGACAAGAACGUCACCUUUUUUGCUAGAGGGCUGUCAGCUGCUGUCCUGUGAUGCAGUGAUACCACACAGAGCUGUGAGAGCACCGCAGCACAAGGAGAACUGCUACUGACGAUUGGAACCUAUAGAUUGGUACCUAUAGAUCGGAUGUGCUGCAAAACCAGCCUGCUUGCUUCCUCGGUGCCUUCCAGGAGCUGUACAGCAACCUGGCCUAAGAGGGAAGCUUAAAAGCAUCUCGAACUGCAUGCAGACAAGGGCAUCAGCUUGCCGAGAGCUUGUUGCAUCCCUUUGUCAUCCCAGCCUGUUCCCAGCACACAAGGCCACAAAGAACAGCACCAACUGACAUGGAUGUCCCUUGGAGCAUGUACAUACAAGCAGGGGGCAUGCCCUGAGGGCUGGGCAUGCCUCACCUUUUCCGGUUGUGUAUGGCUGCCCCACCCUGGCAUUUAAAGAGAUGACACAGAGAGGGCGGAGGCAGGGAUGGCUUGGGAACAUGUUGCAAUUCUUACCUUUCUCCCAGCUCUGGGAUGGAAGAGAUUUGCUCAACUCCCAGUUGACACAGAGUUAAACAAUACACAGCUCUGUAUAUAGCUGCUCUCCUUGCUGAUGUAAGACUUGGAGGCCGCCUCGCUUGGGUGCUUCCUUGCUUUUUGUUACUUUUAAUAUAAUAUAAAACCACUGUGCCCA